AGACGCAGACUUGGCUUGUUUGGUUUCUUCCCUAUUGCCUGCUUCCGUCUUGUUUAUCCAGUCUCCGAGAGGUUUUUGUUCUGCUAAGGACUUUGUCGCCAUGUCAGCGGCCACACAGAGUAUGUUGACAGACGGAGUCCUCUCGCGGGGCGUCUUUGGAUUGACCACUCAAGGAAAUUUAACUUCCCUUUGCCCUAAUGGGUCAAAAUGGGUUUGGGAAGGGCUUGGGGAAUGUGCCCAGGAUGCGAGGGACAUGGCCAGCAUCUACCUCGGCCUCCUGUCCAUCCUCUGCUUCAUGGUGUCUUCACUGCCACAAUACCACAACUCAUGUAAAACUGGGAAUAUGGACAGCGCCCUCUCUAUUUGGUUUCUGCUGCUGUGGUUGGGAGGUGACACGUGUAACCUGGUGGGCUCCUUCUUGGCUGACCAGCUUCCACUUCAGACAUAUACUGCCGUGUAUUACGCUAUAGCUGACUUGGUGAUGCUGGCCAUGUACAUGUACUACAAGACAAAGAACAGAAUGGGGGACAGCAGGAGGGUUUUGCACGUGGUGGGUGUCGCCUGCGUCCUGGGCUUCACCACGAGCCUGGUCCACCUCCCCGGGUUAGGCUCCCUACAGGAAGUUCUUCCUUCCGGGUUCAGAAGUCGCGCCUUGCUCUCAACCUCUGACCUUAGUGCCAUCAAGGCUUUUACCCCUAAAGAGAUUAUUGGUUUCUCCAUCGGGUCCGUGUCCUCAGUGCUCUACCUCUGUUCCAGGCUCCCCCAGAUGUACACUAAUUUUACGAGGAAGUCGACAGAGGGAGUGUCUUACUUCCUGUUCGCACUGGUCAUCCUGGGAAACACCACAUACGGCCUGAGUGUCCUGCUGAAGAACCCUGAUGACGGCCAUGGCGAGAGAAGCUACAUGAUCCAUCACUUGCCCUGGCUCAUCGGCAGCCUCGGCACCCUCUCCUUAGACCUUGUUAUCUCCUUCCAGUUUUUUAUUUACCGCAAAGCUAAAAUGGAAGAGGACGUCAGCCACCCCGAGACAACGCCUCUGAUCAGGAGCUAAAGCAAAAAACUGAGCGUGUACUGGUGGGACACGCACAGACACUCGCUUCAAGUGAACUCAGAAUAACAUUUCCAACUGAAUCAGAAUGAAAGAGCAUUGUACAUUUUAGUUUUAUUUAUCAUGCUCUAAAUGAAUGUUUACAAUGUGUUUUUAUCUGCAAUAGUUCUGUGACAGGUGAAGUUCUUCUUGUUCGACAUGGAUGGAAACUCCUCAGCCUGAACUCCUUCUCCUUAAUUUUAGGUCACAUUCUCAAUCUAAUGUCAGACCUCAUAUAAAUGUCAGAAACCUGCUGGCUGGGGCGACCAGACCACACAGAUGUUUCUGUCAAGUUAUUCAAACACUUUGACAGUUAUGACACUAGGAGUAAAUUGUAUUCAGUCUGUUAUUAAUUGAUGUUUACACCAAAUACUGUAAUCACAAUUUCUUUUAAUUUAAUUUAUUUUUCUAAAUACAAGCACUUGACCAGUUUUGUUUGCACUGGUGAUAAAAGUCAUUUUCACAACCAAGUUUAAUUUACACAUUUAGAUGUUUUUAUUCUCACUGUUUUGGACAAGAGAAAUAGGUUUUGUACUUUGAGAAAUGUAACGUUGUGUCAUGGGUCAUUGUGGUGUAAAAAAGAAAUAAUAAAGAAAUAAUUUCACAGUUCUUUUUAAUUCUG